AUAUGAUCAAUUUUGUUCACACAAGUUUUCAUCUUCCCCUCGAUCUUUGCAUUCUUGAUCGAUUAAACUUCUACAUACCAAAAGAAUUGGAAAGAAGUUUAUAUCAAAAUGAAGGGGUGCAUUUUCAAUAUUGACGCCGGGUAUUUAGAGGGGUUGUGUCGCGGGUUCAAGUGCGGGAUUUUGAAGCAAUCCGAUUACUUGAACUUGGUGCAGUGCGAAACAUUGGAAGAUUUAAAGCUUCACUUGCAGGGAACUGAUUAUGGCACAUUUUUGGCCAAUGAACCUAGCCCCUUGUCAGUAUCCACUAUCGAUGACAAGCUUCGUGAAAAACUUGUCAUUGAAUUCCAACACUUGAGAAACCAUUCAGUGGAGCCACUAUCUACGUUCUUGGACUUCAUUACUUACAGUUAUAUGAUUGACAAUAUCAUACUUUUGAUUACUGGUACUCUGCACCAGAGACCUAUUUCUGAAUUGAUCCCUAAAUGCCACCCCUUGGGAUCGUUUGAGCAGAUGGAAGCUAUUCACGUAGCCGCCACCCCGGCUGAGUUGUACAAUGCGGUGUUGGUGGACACUCCCCUGGCUCCGUUCUUUGUAGACUGCAUUAGUGAGCAGGACCUUGAUGAGAUGAACAUUGAAAUUAUCCGCAACACCCUGUACAAAGCUUAUUUGGAAGCUUUCUAUGAAUUCUGCAAGCAAAUCGGGGGCUCUACUGCUGAUGUUAUGUGUGAAAUUUUGGCUUUUGAAGCUGAUCGUCGUGCUAUUAUCAUUACUAUCAACUCAUUUGGAACUGAGCUGUCUAAAGAUGAUCGUGCAAAGUUGUACCCUCGCUGUGGUAAACUCAACCCUGAUGGUUUAGCUGCACUUGCCAGGGCUGAUGACUAUGAGCAAGUUAAAGCUGUUGCUGAAUAUUAUGCUGAGUAUGCUGCCCUUUUCGAAGGUGCUGGCAGCAAUGUUGGUGACAAGACUUUGGAAGAUAAAUUCUUUGAGCAUGAGGUCAGCCUAAAUGUGCAUGCAUUUUUGCAACAAUUCCACUUUGGAGUUUUCUAUUCUUACCUCAAGCUGAAGGAGCAGGAAUGCAGGAACAUUGUGUGGAUAAGCGAAUGUGUCGCCCAAAAGCACCGUGCUAAAAUUGAUAACUAUAUUCCCAUUUUCUAAACAAUGUAAAAGCUUUAUAUUCAAGCAACCUUGCAAUGUAAAUAAUGUUGUAUGUGUUAUGACAAUUCCAGUUCAAAUUGUUAAAUAGAUAUACAGAGCAGAAUUUACACAGUAUUUAAGAAAUAAAUGUAAACCAAACAUAGAAUGCAUAAAUUUCUAUAAAUGUUAAAAAUUGAUUUAAUCUAAAAUAUAUUCAAGCAUUCCAUGGCACACUUAUGUGUGCAAUAUAUUAAAAGUGGGCGACAUUGAAUAAUCAAAAUAGCUAAUACUACAAAUUAUUAUAGAUUUCCUAUUUAAUAUAAUUAAUCUUGAUUUUGUUAUUGUCUUCUAUUUUGC